AUGAAGUCCAUGAACAAUACCAACUGGUUGGGCUUCUCUCUCUCCCCUCAGCUGGGAAUGGAAGUUGCUCAAGAUCCCCUUAAGCAGACAAAUCUUCAAGCUACUCAUCAAUCUUCACCGGCUAACGCUUCCUCUUUUGUUCCAAGCAACUUUCUUCUUUCUUAUCCCCAUUUCAGCAGCUCUGGCAUUUGCUAUGGAGCUGAUGGAGAGAAUGUAGGGUUUUACUCUCAGCUUUCAUCAGUCAUGCCAGUUAAGUCUGAUGGUUCUCUCUGCAUUAUGGAAGCCUUCAGCAGAUCACAAGAAGGAAUGGUGCCAUCUCCAUCCCCAAAACUGGAAGACUUCCUGGGCUGUGGUCCUAACAUGGGGACCCAUCCGUUUAGCAACAGUGACAGGGGAGCAAUGGCUCUAAGCUUGGACAGUAUGUAUUAUGGACAAAACAUAGAGCACGAGAGCAAUGAAAACCAUUCUCUUGAGCUCUUUCAACAACCUUUCAGGCACCAAAACUACUUUCAGCCAUUGCAUGAGAUGUAUCAGGGUUCAUUGGUCGGAGAUCAAAUGUCCGAUUGUAGAUUCCAAAGCAAUGAAGGAGUUAGUGAUGAAAGAGAGAUGGGUUUUAGCUCUCUUGGAUUACUGAGGCAUGGUGAUCUCAAGCCCUUGAGCUUAUCCAUGAGCCCUGGAUCUCAAUCUAGCUGUAUAACUGCUCCACAGCAGCAGAUCACUUCUGCUUCAGAAAAUGAGCAGUUGGCUUUGGAGCAUUCAAAGAAGAGAGCAAAUGGAAAAGGAGCUGAGAAGCAGCCAGUUCACAGGAAGUCCAUUGAUACAUUUGGCCAGAGAACUUCUCAAUACAGAGGAGUUACAAGGCAUAGAUGGACAGGUAGAUAUGAAGCUCACCUUUGGGAUAACAGUUGCAAGAAGGAAGGGCAGACAAGGAAGGGAAGACAAGUUUAUUUGGGGGGUUAUGAUUUGGAAGAGAAAGCUGCUAGGGCCUAUGACUUGGCUGCAUUAAAGUAUUGGGGACUUGCCACCCACAUCAAUUUCUCUCUGGAGGAUUACCAGGAGGAGCUUGUACAAAUGAAGAACAUGAGUAGGCAGGAAUAUGUUGCACACUUAAGAAGGAAAAGCAGUGGAUUUUCUAGAGGGGCUUCUAUAUAUCGCGGAGUCACUAGGCAUCACCAACAUGGAAGAUGGCAAGCUCGCAUUGGGAGAGUCUCAGGAAACAAAGAUCUUUACCUUGGAACCUUUGGUACACAAGAAGAAGCAGCUGAAGCUUAUGACAUUGCUGCAAUCAAAUUUCGCGGAACGAAUGCUGUAACAAAUUUCAUCAUGUCAAGAUAUGAUGUUGAUAAGAUCAUGGCAAGUAGCACUCUAUUGUCCGGCGAACUUGCUCGAAGAAAUGGAGUUAUCGAAAUUAUCGACAAUGUAGCAUUGACAGAUCAACACAACAGUAGAGAACUUGAUUCUACUGAAGACAACACCAGUGCAUCUGAUUGGAGAAUGACACUCUACCAGUCACCACAGCAAGCUCCAGCAAACUCAGAACCACUGGAUCACCAAUCUAUAUCAGCUAAUGGCAAUCAUCAGAACAGUUCAUUCUUGGCAAAUUUCCAUGGGUUUUUUGGAAUGGAAAGUUGGAGUUCAGAAGAGCAAGGCAUGGAGAAUAAUCCCAACAGAAUGAAUACUGUAUCUUUGGCGACUGGUGACUCGAGCAGCUCAAGGGAACGAAGCACAAGCUAUGGUGUUCUUCCUAUGGCCUCGAUGCCGCCUCUGUCGACCAAGUUUGUCGGUCCUACAACGCAACUGAUUUCCUGGGGGCCGACAUCGAACCAGCUUAGGAGUUCAGUUCCUAUGGCUCAAACGCCUGUUUAUGCUGCAUGGAAUGAUGCUUGA